AAGGACACUAAACCGGAGGUCCCGUCUCUUCAAGCUGUACUACACUAAACCUGAACCGAAGGGACGUAAAAGAACCACUGGGGACGCAAUAAACCCUCUGGCAGUGACCACCCCCAGUGACAGUGCUUGCUUAAUGCCUCCUAGUAUUAGCGAAAGCUACUUAGGAGUAAUAAUAAGAAAGUAAUAAGAAAGAAAGAAGAAAGCUUGAAAGUACACUGAAAUCUAAGAUAAAAAACUUUUAAGGCUAGAAUUCUUAUUCGCCAAAUGAAAGCCAUUAUUUUAAUAGACUUCGCUUCGAUCGGAGAUAAGUCGAGUAUCUAAAAAUUUUGAUGACGUCACAAUUGCCAAGGCUGUCGUGUCGAUUACUGCCCUCACGUGCGUGAUCUAACGCUUUGCAAUCCCUCCCUCCCCCCCCCAUCCCCCCAAAAAUACGCGCGCGUAAAUUAGCAUCCAAAUUAGUGAUCCAAUUAAUCGAGGUACUAAUCAAAUAGAACUUAAUCAAAUAGAACCUGACAAGUAAAUUUUGCAAUUUAAAUCUCAGUUGACUUAGGAUAUUAUAUUGAUACUUUACUUGCGUCGGAAUAUCCUUCGAAGAUAAAAUGCUGCAAGCAACGCUAUUCUCGAUGUGACUUACUAAGAUAAAUUUUACGGUCUUUAGAAAUGUUAAUUAGAUUUGAAGCCAACCUAGGGUAGUAUACGGAAACAUUGUUCAGGUUAAAACUUUGAAACUAAUAAUCAACGCCACGUUGCUAAAGCAUCUUGUUAUUAUAGAAUACUCCUAUUGAAUUGUUGGCGUAAGAGAAGAGAUUGUUUUGAAACUUGUGAAUACGUGAAUAGCUAAUCAGCUUCUGAAAAGAAUGGAUGGGCUUAUUUUACUUUGCAAUACACCACUUCUUGAAGGUGUUUAAAUAUUGAUGUUUUAUUUUUGAAGAAAGGAAUUCGUUUAUUUGCCUACUAUUCGAGUGCCUUUGGAAUAGAGCCUCAAGUGGGUUCUCCCUUGAAAUGGCGAGUUUGCACGGAAAUUGAAAUUACGAAUUAUCAAUCCUGACACCUUAUUGAGAGUCUGCUAAAUGAUAGAAUGUGGAAUGUUACCCCUUUCUUGUGCGAAGAAGGUAAAUUGACUAACAAAACCCAAGUAUAAACAUGGACGAAACACAAAACUUGACUCAACGAUUCGCCGAACGCUGCUUUGAGAUUAUCAUCACAGAGACAACACUGAGUCUUGGCAUAGGUCUCUUCGCUCUUGUGCUAAACAUCUUCACCUUGUAUACCGCUUGCAAGAAGCUUCGAGUCCAGAGUCUCCCACACAUGUAUAUUGCGAGCUACUGCAUCGCAGAUUUGCUCUUCCUGUCCCUCGUCAUGCCGUUCUCGCUGAUCGCUUUGAUCCUGAGCGAGUGGGAUACUCCGCCAGUGACGUGUGAGAUCCAGGGCUUUGCGGUCAUCACUCUUGGCGCACUCACGGCCUUACUGAUGACCCUGACUGCUAUUGAUCGCUUCUUCGCUAUGACUAGCCCUGGUAUCUACGCGCGUUUAUUCAAAGCUAAGGUAGUAAUGGUGCUACUCGUGUUGGUCUGGCUGAUGGCCGGGGCCGUUCCGCUACCAUACUUCUUAGAAGGAAAACUCCGCUUCCAUCCAGGUUACGCCUUCUGCAAGGCCGAUGUCAACAUCAAGAACUACUUGACCGCUUCUGUUCUCCAACUUGCACUAGUUGUACUGCCGCUUCUAGUCGUAAUGAUUUGUCUUUGUAAGACCAAGCUACGAAUGAUUCGCCGCACACGGCAGCAACCUGGAGAAAUACAGACGCUCGAGCUAUGCGGGAACGAGCUGGAAACCACGCGCAUGUUCGCGGGCAUCAUCCUCGGCAUCCUGGUCUGUUGUCUGCCCAUGUUCAUAUGUGACCUUGUGGUGGCGUUCCUGGGACGCUUCACGCUCCCCCGGUCUGCCUACAUGUUCUCUUCCUUUUGCGUGGCGUCCAUCGCUUGGGUUAGACCACUCGUCGUGAUACUCUGCGAUGAGGAUUAUAAGCAUGAGAUACAAGCGCUCUUACCGUGCUGUAAACCGCCCGAAUCUCAACGCCAUCUUCCGAUGCGAACGCCCAGUACGAGAAGCGAGUUUGACUCGGGCGCUUACCAAAUGUUUCCGUUGCCACAUUUGAGGUCUACGAAGUUUGUUCGGUAUACCGACCAAGGCCUCGGCGUGAUGGACGUUUGGGAAAACCAAUCGGUUGCUUAGCGAGUUUUACCCGAGUGCUUACGAAAUGUUUCCGUUGCCACAUCUGAGGUCUAAAAAGAUUGUUUAGUAUACCACUAUAGCCCUUGUCGACAUUUGCGAGUCGAGUUCCACGGAAUCAUCACGGAAAGAUGGGCUAUCGACGGGUUCAUCUAAUGGAUUUGCCUGGCUAAACCCCAAGGCCAUGUCUGGGUGCGCGGGACAAUAGGGCAUGGAGACGCGCAUUGUUUAGUAUAAAUUUUCUUGGUUACUCUUCUUUGUACGACGUCCAGUAGCCGAAAUGGUAUUUCAUAUGACGAUGUAAAAGCGUUGACAUAAAUCACAUAAAUCACCAUUAAUUGUUCAAGCAGUCUAGAGUAAUUUAGCAAUGUAUCAAUCUAGAAUAACUUAGGAAAUUAUGUAAUCAAAACAUCCUAGUUGGGAAAUUUCAAGUAAAUCUAUAUGAUCUAG